CGCAGCGGGAGAUGACGUAGGAGGACGUGCUCGCUAUAUGAGGUUGGGGAGCGGCAGAGUCGGCCUUUUCCGCCCGCUCCCCCCUCCCCCCGAGCGCCGCUCCGGCAGCACCGCGCUCGCUCUGAGCUCCGUGCUCCUAAGCCAGUGCCACCGUUGUCUCCCUCCAGUCGCCAUCAUGAUCAUCUACCGGGACCUCAUCAGCCAUGAUGAGAUGUUCUCCGACAUCUACAAGAUCCGGGAGGUCGCGGACGGGCUGUGUCUGGAGGUGGAGGGGAAGAUGGUCAGUAGGACAGAGGGUAACAUUGAUGACUCGCUCAUUGGUGGAAAUGCCUCCGCUGAAGGCCCCGAGGGCGAAGGUACCGAAGGCACAGUAGUCACUGGUGUGGAUAUUGUCAUGAACCAUCACUUGCAGGAAACCAGCUUCACAAAAGAAGCCUACAAGAAGUACAUCAAAGAUUACAUGAAGUCAAUCAAAGGGAAGCUUGAAGAACAGAGACCAGAAAGAGUAAAACCUUUUAUGACAGGGGCUGCAGAACAAAUCAAGCAUAUCCUUGCUAAUUUCAAAAACUAUCAGUUCUUUAUUGGUGAAAACAUGAAUCCAGAUGGCAUGGUUGCUCUGCUGGACUACCGCGAGGAUGGUGUGACCCCGUAUAUGAUUUUCUUUAAGGAUGGUCUAGAAAUGGAAAAAUGUUGACAGCUUUGGCUGUUUGGAUCUGUCACCUGCUCGUCAUAACUGGCUUGGCUGCUGCUGUUCGUCCACACAACACCAGGACUUAGACAGAUGGGACUGAUGGCAUCUUGAGCUCUUCGUUUUGAUGUUGAUUUGUUUGGAGCGGAGGCAUUGAUUUGAGGAAAAAAAAAAAAACAUGUCAUGUAGGUUGUCUAAAAAUAAAAUGCAUUUAAACUCAAUUGAGAGAAUGCCUCUUAGUUUAAUAUGUAAUAUCUAAAUCCAUCCUGUGUAGCCUUCCUGGAGAAGCUAGAGCCUGGUUGUAGACCACCACUAGAAAACAUAAGAGCAUCUUCAGAUAACUUCUGCAAUGAAAACCACUUCCGGGACUUGGAAUAUAAACAAGAAUCAACAGUAAUUGGUUGAAAUAAAGGGAAAGACCAUGCUCAUAGCAGUGCCAGCAUUUGAAGUGGAUGUCUUACACAUUUCAUCACCUACAAAUGGAAGUAGUGAACUCUGGAAGAAAUUACCAAAAGAAUAAAACGAGACUUAACACA